AAAUGGCCGACGAUUCAUUUUUUUCCCCCUUCUUUCUUUCAAUGAUUUUGUGGAUGUAGUCGGGGCCUGCAGCCGGUGACAAGUGUGAAGAAGCCCCAGCAGUGCAGUGUGAGGGACCGUGAACCUCAUCUGAAAGUCCUCCACUGCCUGAUGCCAUGUAUGCUCCCAGGAAGCUGAUGUUCUCCGUCCUCGGACGAUGUCCUUGGCGUCAUUGUCACCGGAGGCACAGCACGGCAGCCACCAAGCUAAGUGUGCGUGAAGCUCUUGUGGCAAAUGUUGAAGAAGGUUCAAAGAAUAUAAAAAUCCAGGGCUGGGUCCGCUCCGUCCGCUCACAGAAAGAAGUUUUAUUCCUGCAUGUGAAUGAUGGCACCUCACUGGAAAGUCUCCAGAUUGUGGCCGAGCCGGGUCUUCAGAGCAGUGCGAUCAGUUUCGGCAGUUCGGUCGAAGUCAGCGGUGAGUUGGUGAAGAGCCCCAGCAAAAAACAGAAUGUGGAGCUGAAGGCCCAGGAGAUUCGUGUAACAGGAGACUGUGACUCCAAGGAAUUUCCCUUUAAAAUUAAAGAACAUCACCCUCCAGAAUAUGUCCGCCAGUUUCCUCACCUCCGCUGCAGGACAAACGCAUUUGGUUCGUUACUCAGGGUCCGCAGUGAAGCCACGUCGGCCAUCCACCAGUUCUUCAAGAGUAAUGGAUACGUUCACGUCCACACCCCCAUAAUUACCUCUAACGACUGCGAGGGCGCCGGAGAACUCUUCCAGGUGGAGGCUUCAAGCAGAGACGGCACGCAGGAGGAUGGCGGCUUUUUUGGAGUCCCCGCUUACCUUACUGUGUCUGGACAACUGCACCUGGAGGUCAUAUCAGGGGGGUUCAGGAAAGCCUUCACCUUUGGCCCCACAUUUCGAGCGGAGAAUUCCCAGAGUCGGAGGCAUCUGGCCGAGUUCUACAUGGUGGAAGCAGAAGUCUCCUUCACAGAAAGCUUGGAGGACAUAAUGCAGGUGAUGGAGAAUCUAUUUAAAGACACAACCACAACGUUACUGUCCAAUUGCCCUGACGAGAUGAACUUUUUCUUUAAACAUGUAUCGCCGGGACAGCAGGGCCGGCUGGAGAGAAUGACAAAGAACAAGUUUAUUGUGAUGUCUUAUACCGAAGCCCUAGAAAUUCUCAAGAAAGCGGCGACUUCAUUUCAGCACAAAACCGAGCACAGGCUCAGGGCUGGAGGCUUUGCUGAGCAGCUGCAGGCAAUGAAGAGACAAAUGCUAGGCACAGAAUCUUCCCUCCUGCAGACACAGAGCCGACAGACUGGAGGAGGUCUGCAGAGCAUUGCACAAGAACAGUGGGGCUGCGACUUGCAGACAGAACACGAGAAGUAUUUGGUCAGGCACUGCGGCGAUUUCCCCGUGUUCGUCAUCAACUACCCGUAUGACCUCAAGCCAUUCUACGCCCGUGACAAUGAAGACGGACCUCAGCGUACGGUGGCCGCUGUGGAUCUUCUCGUUCCAGGGAUCGGAGAGCUUUUCGGUGGGAGCCUGAGAGAAGAGAGACUUCACAUCCUGCAGUCACGUCUGGACACGUUAGGACUGGCAGAUACAUACCAGUGGUAUCUAGAUUUACGGCGGUUCGGCUCUGUUCCACACGGCGGUUUCGGCAUGGGAUUUGAGCGAUACCUGCAGUGCAUUCUGGGAAUCGACAAUAUCAAAGAUGUCAUACCAUUUCCAAGAUUUCCCUAUUCAUGCCUUUUAUAAGACCACCUGGACAUAGGACGUGAUGAUGAAUGGUGGACGGUCAGACCGAGGAACGUCUGUGAGAAGACCCAUAACGUCAUGGCCAAAAACAGCAAGGAACUGGAGAACAUUGUCCAUGAAGGACCAGAUCUUUUUGGCCAAAUUUAUUAUUUUUUUGAAAAAUAAAAACGUAACUUUA